ACUGAAACAUUGUCCACAUCACUUCGAAGUAGCCAGACAUGCCCCUUCCCUCUGUGCUCAUCCUCAUAGUGACCUUGACCUUACUACCUGACCCCGCCUACCUAGUUCAGGUCAUCUCAUUUGACCUUGUAGAGGAGCAAGGGGUCAACGUUGCGGUAGGAUCUGUAACGGACUCUCUGGAACUGGAAGAAGAGAAGACGGAUGAGCUCUUGACCUCUCUCCGGUACAGCUUACUGCCCCAAGGUUACCCCCAUAGUUCCCUGUUCCGGAUCACGGAUGGAAAGGGGGAGAUCUUUGCCGUGGAAAGAAUCGACAGGGAAGAGAUAUGUGGCUUUGCAAAGUCAUGCAACCUCAACCUGCAGUUGGUGGUGCAGUCGUCAACGUUCCAGCUGUUCAAGAAGGUUCGGGUCAAUAUUGUAGUCGUUGACGUCAACGACAACGCUCCUACGUUCCCGUCGAAGUCUGUAUCUCUGGACAUCUCGGAAUCCGUGUCUGUUAACUCGUCGUUUGCUAUUGAAGGAGCGAUUGAUCCGGACACUGGACGCAAUGCCCUUCAGACAUAUGAUAUUCUUAGAGCCGAUGGGGUGUUUGACCUUGACAUUAAGAAGAAUCUCGAUGGCGGCAGCGUUGUCAAUCUGAUAGUUAGAGAAACCUUAGAUAGAGAGCGGAAGGAUUUCUACCGAAUCUAUCUAAUGGCAAAAGAUGGUGGAAUUCCCAGGAAGUCAAGUCUACUGAUGGUUAAUAUAACAGUCACAGAUAUCAAUGACAAUGCACCAAUAUUUCCAUUUGCACAGUAUAACGUCACAGUCGAGGAAGUGGUUUCUGUUGGCCACGUUGUACUGAGCAUUACCGCAUCUGACGCUGACGCUAAUGUCAAUUGGAGACCAUUUUACAGACUCAGCCCUCUUCAGUCAGGUGAGGCAAGAAAGUAUUUCAUCAUGAAUCCAGGAACAGGGGAGAUAACCGUCAUAUCCCCGCUGUCAGAGAUCCAAGGGAGAAAACUCAAGUUUGUAGUUGAAUGUGUGGACGGCGACACUCCACCAUUGGUUGGCCAAAGCGAGGUAGAAAUAUUCGUUCAAGACACAGAAAAUACAGAACCCGUGAUAAACCUCAAUCUCCUGAACGGCGGAGUAGUAUCCGAGUCCUACAGACUUGGCACAGUCGUAGCUCACCUGGCCGCGAGUGACCUUGACUCGGGAAGAAACGGCUACGUUAAAUGUUCCAUUGACAGCUCGACGUUUGAGAUCCAGAACCUCGACGUCAAUGAAUACAAGGUCACGUUGAAGCGCUUCGUGGAUAGAGAGACGGAGAGCGAAGUCGGCGGGACCAUCACGUGUCAGGAUGAAGCUGAGCCUCCCCUGAACACCACUGCAUCUUUUACAAUGACAAUAUUUGAUGAGAAUGAUAACAUACCCACCUUCACACAAGAAGUGUAUGAGGUUACUGUAGAAGAAAACAACAAACCCGACCUUACACUGCUACAAGUAACGGCAUUCGACUCAGACUAUGGUGAUAAUGGGAAAAUCCAUUACUCAAUCACAGAGGGUCGGGACUCCGGCGUGACGAUUUCUCAACAAGGGGAGAUAACUGCUCUACUCUCUUUCGAUCGAGAAGAUAAGGCACAGAUUCUAUUGACUGUCAUGGCUCGAGAUAACGGCACUCCAUGUCAUAAUUCUACAGCAACUGUGUUGAUUAAUCUUCAAGAUGUAAAUGACGUGGCCCCGACGUUCAGCCAGAGUAUAUACUCAUUUGAAACUCCUGAAAACCUCCCCCGGGGAACUCAAGUCGGUAAAGUGUCGGUUUAUGACCUUGAUGAUGGACGAAACGGCGAACUGUUUUUAAGUAUUGAGCUAUUAUUUGAGGAUAUUGAAAGUUUCCCAAUCGCGGUGACCCAAACAGGGGAAUUGAAGACAACUCGGCCCUUAGACAGGGAAAUGGAAAGUCAUUUUGAAUUUGUGGUACUCGCAACAGAUAAAGGGAGAGAACCCAUCACAAGCACUGCUAAGAUCUUUGUUGAUGUUGAUGACAGGAACGAUAAUGCUCCUGUUCUUUUCUUCCCAUCUGAAAAGAACGACACCAUUUUCGUAACUUACAACACUGAUCCUGGUACUGCAUUAGUGACCAUUGAUGCUAUCGACAACGAUGCGGGUGAUAAUGGCAAACUUGAGUAUAUACUGGCAUCUAUUGAGAGGGUCGAAAUCAGGCUUGAAGACGUUGAUUUUGACGAUCAAACAGAAGACGAACUUUUCAGCCUCGAUUCCGAAACAGGAACGAUUACUCUAACCAGAUAUCCUACCCUUGAUGAUUUAGGGGUUUAUUCCCUGGAUAUCAUGGUUCGAGACCAAGGAACGGUGUCGUUAUCGACGAACACAACGUUGAUCGUAGAAGUGGUUGCUAGUAAUGAGACAAUAGUAGCUCUGUUAACCGGCACUGCAGAAAGCAACAACAACACGACGAUAGUAACGGCAUUGGGAUGUCUGACAGGCCUCGUCAUCGUUGUAGUAGUCGUGAUAAUCUUUACCAUCAGGAUGAUUGACAGGGAGAGAACUCUGAAACGUGAACGUCAGCUGCACGUGAAGGUGGAACCGCGCGACGUCGACGUGAAGUACGAUGGAGAUAUGCUUGACAGUGGGCACAAGCUGAAACGUUCCCUGUCGUCGCCGAGGCUGUCAAGUCACGUGUCCCACGGCUGGAAGUUCCUGUCAGCGUGGCAUCUCGGGUCCGGCGACAGCAGCAAGUUGACGGCGGCUCAAAACUGGGCGAGGAAAAAGACAAGGAAGGUAUCCGCCGACAGCAACGACAGUGGUACCAGCGGAAACGACAGCGGCAAAGGCGGAAGUGACGACGAUAACCAUAGCAACGAGACUUCGUCCUUGCAAGGUCAUUCAACAGACCGGAAGCUCUUAGCAACUGACGACUGCCCACCGGAACCCGAAUACAGUGUCGUCAUUCGCCCAAAUAAGGAGAAAUACGACUGCAUGCAGAGCAGACGUCUCUUACCGAAACUCGACGAGAUUUCCCUGCCCGGAGACGAGCUGUAUGCUGACUACUGCAGCUUGGAUACGAUCAAGGAAGAACCGGAAAGCCCCUACAAAGAGAUCGGUUUUCAUUUUGAGCCCCCUGUUCCAAAACUGCGGCAACCGAAAAAACUUCCAAGGAACGUCUUGAAGGACAAUGAUGGCCAAGGACUCAUAAGGGCUAAAAGUCGUAGCGAUCUGCGCAUGUCUGGUGAUAGUUCGGAUGAAGAGACUCUGAAGAGGGCAAGCGUGGAUGGCGUCAACUUAAAAUGUGGUGAUUCUGUUAUAUUUGAUUUGGAUCUGCAAAAGGUUGACGAUAUCUUCGUCUAAUGUUGCUACAACUGUUGUUUAUAUGCAUUGUAAAUAUCACAUAUUUAUGAUAAUUUAUUUGCAAUAUAUUUUCAUUCAUGUACAUAUGUAAAUAGACAAUCAUCUAAACAGAGUGAGUGAGUGGAUUUGGAAUUACGUCGUAGCUUGCAAUAUAUUGUAGCUAUAUAUCAGUACAAAUAUCGGGCCUGGAUGUGACAAACCGAGGGUUGAUAGUGUGAACAACAUCAUUGACAUGAUAUUACUAUUCUUACUCUGCAAGAAUUGUGACAACACAAUCAUCUUUUGAUUUUCGUCUUUUUUGUUUAACGUCGCACUCAACUAUAUUCUCGCUAUACGACGACGGCCUGUAAAUAUGGACCAGAAAAUCCAGUGAUUGAUAUUAAGAGACAGAUCCACGACGCCGGGGUACGUUGACACUUUACCAACCAGGGCCCACUUGCACAAAGCGAUCUUUGUCCUAAGAUGAUCGAAACUCCCAUUCUU